CUUAUCAUUAAAUCUAUUUGGACACUUGGCCUUAGAUUUCAGCCAGAAGCUCAGCGUAGAUAUUGAGAAUAGCUCUGUGUUUAGUUGGCACUGACAGACAACAUGGACACCAAAGAUUCCUUGAGACUGCAGAUGGGCCAAUGUGCUAGAAAUUCUAAAAUUGAGGUAGAAGAGGUAACUGAAAAUUUGAAGGCUUCAUUUAGGGCCGUUGAGCUCAAUUUGCAAUGGCAAGUUGAAAAUGUUCGGAAAGGAGUAGGAGUCUUCUCUGGCAUGAUGAAUAGCCACCGUUUUCCACAGACAUUCCAGUUUGGUCUGAGAUAUAUAGCUGAUGUUGCAGUGGUAUCUCUUAUGAUAAUGAAUUUUCAUUACCUGGGCUUACGAGUGGCGUUAGUGCGAUUAACGUAUAAUAACGGGAAACCCGUUUGGAUGAAGAGAAAAACAAGUGAAAGAAGAGCUAAUAAACUGGAUUUAUUCGUUCAAGAAUUUUGUCAAGGAUUGGAAGAGGAUAGUGGAUUUUCAUGUCAAGUCUAUGUCGAGGGCCUCGUCGAUACUUAUAUGUACGAGCAGUAUGACGGACUUUUAACCGAUCAACUAUGGGAUUCUGCACGGUUUUGCUGUUGGACGGAUUUUAAAUUUUUCGUCCGAGGAAAUGUUUUCAACGCUCACAAAUUUGUGCUUAGUGCACGAAGCAGCCGUUUAGCACGCGACAUCAGUCGUGUUGACAGUAUCCGCUUGAAUGAUGAUUGGGAUCCCGACACUUUCAAGUGCUUCCUGCAUUUCCUUUACACUGGAAAUCUAUUGUUGGAAAAAUGGAAAGCUAAUGCAAAGCAACUGCUCAGCCUGGCAGAGGAAUAUGAGCUGAAUACGCUCACACAGUUGUGCAAGAAUGAUUUGACUAAGUUAAACGAAAGCAAUUUCCCGGAGUGCUUUUUGUCUACGGGACCUCCUGCUGUCGGACCCCCUUCUAUAGAUCUUGAUCUUAAGCCUAAGUCGAAAAUUUGCAGUAAACCAGACUCAGCUGAAAUUCGAUUUAACUGGGAUAUAAGCCGAUUACCUCAAGAUUACAUAGUCAGAGCGGUCGAUUUUCACCAUCAGGAAGCCUUUCACGUUUGCUUCCGGUCUGGUGGUCAUUCAGAGGAAGGCAGACGUAAUCACGCUCUGUUUAUCUUCAGCAAACAGUGGCCCGAAGGUGGAUUCGAAGUGGUCGCCGUGAACGUUGUUAUUAGUGAGAAAUCUUCAAAUAAUGGAAGGCCCUCGAAAAGCAAACUGUUGGCUGCCAACAAAUGGGUGAAGAUGGUAGGAUUGAAUCCGGCGCUGGCUGUGUUCUCAGUUGAUCUUGAAUGUCUUCUAUUACAAAUUCCCUUUAACAUUUUAUUUUCAAUUGAGUUGUCUUCCGAGAACGCAGGACAUUAUUCUUACCAACCAAGAGAUAUUCAUUUAGCCGAAAAUCUUUGGUCUGCUGCAUUCGGUGCUGAUUUAACUGACGCUGAAAUAAGUGUUGAAGGUAGAAUUUUUAGAGUUCACAGGGCCUUGAUGGCAGCUCGUUCACUGUUUUUUAGGGAAUUAUUGAGUUCAGAAAAUAUGAAAGAAUCUUGCUUGAAGCGUAUUGUGCUUGAAGAGAUUGACUCGUCUAUUUUCGAGGAAGUGUUGUACUUCAUGUACACCGGAUCACUGCGAGUAUCUGCCGGUGAUGCAAGACUGUUAGUAGCUGCCGAAAAAUAUCAAAUUGAAACUUUGAGAAUCCUCUGUGAGAACCAAGUUAAACGCCAUGAUCGUAGUCUCGAAGAUCUCUGUUCGUUUUUGCAAAUGAUUGCAUAAGUUUUCCUUCUAGUCCUGUUUCGUUCUUGUUAAUGUUUCGUUGGC